CAAGUUUUAACUCUACAAAGUAGUAUACACUAUACCAUAAAAUAAAAUAAAACAAAAGACCACUAUAUUUCUACUUCUAUUACUACUAUAAAUUCACAAACUCGACCAAAUAAUUUUCACACAACUAGUAGUAGUAGUAAUAAGAAGAGAAGAAGCUUAGAAGGAAAAAAAAAAUGAAGAAUAACAUUAUUUCUUCAAAAUUACUAUUGCUGCUUCCUCUUCUUCUUCUUCCAUUAAUGAUUUGCAAUGGAAGUUACCUUAACUAUGCAGACGCAUUAACAAAAUCGAUUCUCUUUUUCGAAGGCCAACGUUCCGGUUAUUUACCACAAGACCAGAGAAUGAAUUGGCGUGGACAUUCCGGUUUAAGCGAUGGAUGGCAAGUGAACGUCGAUUUAACCGGCGGUUAUUAUGACGCCGGAGAUAAUGUGAAGUUUAAUUUCCCGAUGGCGUUUACGACGACGUUGUUGGCUUGGAGUGUUAUUGAAUUUGGGGAAAAUAUGCCGAGUGCUGAAUUGCGGAAUGCUUUAGUUGCUAUACGUUGGUCGACUGAUUAUCUUCUCAAAACUGUUUCUCAGCCUAAUCGCAUUUUUGUCCAGGUGGGUGACCCUGUACUAGACCACAACUGUUGGGAAAGGCCAGAAGAUAUGGACACUGCUAGGACAGUGUACACAGUGGAUGCCCCGAAUCCGGCAUCCGAUGUGGCCGGAGAGACUGCAGCUGCUCUGGCAGCUGCAUCCCUAGCAUUCCGGCCAUCGGAUCCCGGAUAUGCGGAGACACUUUUGAGAACGUCCACAAGGGUGUUUGAUUUUGCAGAUAAGAACCGUGGAGCUUACAGUGAUAAUCUCAAUAUUAGAGAUGGAGUUUGUCCAUAUUAUUGUGAUUUUGAUGGAUAUCAGGAUGAAUUGUUGUGGGGAGCAGCUUGGCUAAGGAGGGCUACUCAGGGAGAUGGUUAUUUAAGUUACAUACAAGAAAAUAGGCAGACACUUGGGGCAGAUGACAAUAUUGAUGAAUUUGGAUGGGAAAAUAAGCAUGCUGGCCUUAAUGUUCUUGUUUCUAAGGAAGUGUUGGAUGGAACGACGUAUUCCCUCCAAUCUUACAAAUCAUCAGCAGAUAGUUUCAUGUGCACAUUAAUCCCAGAAUCAUCAUCCUCCCAUAUACAGUACUCUCCUGGUGGCCUAAUUUACAAGCCUGGUGGAAGCAAUUUACAACAUGCCACAACAAUAACAUUCCUACUACUAGUCUACGCAAACUACUUAGAAAAAUCAUCACAAAUCUUGAAUUGUGGCACCAUCAGUGUUAGUCCCUCGAUGCUUCGAAAAAUUGGUAAGAGGCAAGUUGAUUACAUAUUAGGAGAAAAUCCUAAAGGAAUAUCAUACAUGGUUGGUUAUAGUAAUUACUAUCCUCAAAAAAUUCAUCAUCGUGGCUCCUCCCUUCCAUCGAUCAAAGAUCAUCCUCAGGUCAUGGGGUGCAAGGAGGGCUCGAUUUAUUUUAACUCAUCGCAGCCAAAUCCUAAUGUUUUAGUUGGUGCAAUUGUUGGUGGUCCUGGAGAUGACGAUGCUUAUGAAGAUAGUAGGGAUGAAUUUCGUAAAUCUGAGCCAACUACUUAUAUUAAUGCACCAUUUGUUGGUGCACUUGCUUAUUUUGCAGCUAAUCCUAACAUUAAUUAGUUACUUACAUGAUCAAUCAGAGCAAAAUUCUGGUGAUGAAUUGUAUAUAUGUGUAAUAGUCUCUCAUCUUGCACAUGCAAAGAAGGAAGAGGCUGAUCUUUGGAUUUAAUUUCAAAUCAUGUGAGAAUUAUAUAUGUAUAGUCACAAUAACUUAUUGUGACAUUUAUAGAGAGAGCAUUAUUAUUAAGUGGUGCAAAUUUAACAUGUAAAACUCUUACAUGUUGCUUAUUUUGUAAAAGAAUGAAGGAGCAUUCUUUUGUCAUGAAUUAUGUUGUCAUUUUGAUGAAUGUAAGGCUUUUGCAAAUGAAA